AUAUAAAUUGAAGGCAUUUUGUUAGGGUUUCAAGCCUUUGCAAAUACAAUCUCAGCGAGAGAGAGAAACAGAAGAGAAAACCACAAAAAGAAGAAGAACUUCCGUCUUCUCCAACUCGCCGCAACCAUGAUUAUGUCCGAGAAGAACCGUCGUGAGAUUUCAAAGUACCUCUUCCAAGAGGGAGUACUGUAUGCAAAGAAGGAUUUCAACUUGGCAAAGCAUCCAGACAUUGAUGUACCAAAUCUACAAGUGAUUAAGCUUAUGCAGAGUUUUAAAUCAAAGGAAUAUGUCCGUGAGACCUUCGCAUGGAUGCAUUACUACUGGUUUUUGACUAAUGAUGGUAUUGAGUUUUUGAGGACUUACUUGAAUCUACCAUCUGAGAUUGUGCCUAACACUUUGAAGAAAUCUGCUCAAACUGGAAGAGCACCACAGGGUGAUCGCCCUAGGCGUAAUUAUGAAGGUGGUGACAGACCUAGAUUUGGUGGUGACCGAGAUGGAUACCGUGGUGGUCCAAGAGGAGGAGCACCAGGGGAAUUUGGAGGAGAUAAGGGUGGUGCUCCAGCAGAGUAUCAGCCACAAUUUAAGAGUUCUGGAGGUAGGGGUGGUUUUGGUCGUGGUCGUGGUGGUGGUGGUGGCUUUGGUGCUGGUGCCCCAGGCGCAGGUCUUCCUUAAGUUGGAUACUGUUUUUGGGUCAGAGCUGAAAGAUCAAUUUCUGUUGUGAAACGCCUACUGUGUUGUUAGCUCUUGUAAAGAUUGUUUAGUUUAUGUCAAGGUUAAAUUAAUUUUGAUAAAUUUUUGUUGAAUAGGGACAACCAACCUAAGUCUUGUGCAAAUCAACUCUUUACAAGAAUCAGUUGAAUUCAGUUGAUAUUUUGAUUCAUAAUCUCUUCCAA